CCUCCAUCGUGCCGAGCUAGCUAGCACCGUUAGCAUCAAUAUUGCCGCACGAGCGCCGCCGCGCGUAAUGUUAGCACCGCUCGGUAGCUAUGUGUGUUACGUUCGCGGUUUCCAUGGUGUCGCUGCCUUUGCGAACCGCUCUCUCAUCAUCAGUCUUUCCGCCCCAGUCUUUGACAAGAGCGGUGAGCUUUUAAUCGGUGCUCCGUCUCCCACAAGUGCCAAACAAUGAACAAUGACCAUAGUUGACAGAUCUUCAGAAAAGUCUGACCACGAGUCAGUCGGGUGUAAGCGAUCUCCCUUCACCAGUGGAGACGUGGGCAUGGACAGCAGCUGUUCCAGCAGCUGGGCAGUGGGUCCCGCCACCAUGCCCAGUGACUCUCCGAGGCUGAAGGCUCCAGGAGGCUGCCUGGGCCCGACACCUGGAGCUGUAGUCUACAACAGUACGCCCUCCUCUGUUGAUCGGCCCAAGGAGCAAGUGAUAAGCAGUGAUGACGGCAUUGACUUGCCCCAGAAGGUCCUCUUCUCUCCAGAGCGGCUCAACCUGAAGUGGACCCAGGUUCACCGCAUCGGUGCAGGCCUGCAGAACAUGGGGAACACCUGCUUCCUCAACUCAGCCCUGCAGUGUCUCACCUACACCCCUCCCUUUGCCAACUUCAUGCUGACACGGGAGCACUCCAAAACAUGUCACGAGCCGGGGUUCUGUAUGAUGUGCACCAUGCAAAACCACAUCAUUCAGGUUUUCGCCAACUCUGGGAAUGUCAUUAAACCCAUUGGUGUGCUCAAUGAGCUCAAAAGGAUUGCAAAGCACUUCCGCUAUGGAAGCCAGGAGGAUGCUCAUGAGUUCCUGCGGUACACAGUGGAUGCUAUGCAAAAGUCCUGCUUACCUGGAACCAAAUUGGACAGGCAGACGCAGGCAACUACUUUCAUCCAUCAAGUGUUUGGCGGGUAUCUAAGGUCCAGAGUCAAAUGUUUAAACUGCAAAGCAGUCUCAGAUACAUAUGACCCUUUUCUGGAUAUUCCUUUGGAAAUUAAGACGGCCCCUAGUGUCUCAAAGGCUCUGGAGCAGUUUGUCAAGCCGGAACAGCUGGAUGGAGAAAAUGCCUACAAAUGCACUAAGUGCAAAAAAAUGGUCACCGCCUCAAAGAGAUUUACCAUCCACCGCAGCGCCAAUGUGCUCACGCUCUCCCUCAAACGCUUUGCAAACUUCAGCGGCGGCAAAAUUACGAAGGAUGUGAAGUAUCCAGAGUACCUGGACCUGCGGCCCUUCAUGUCUCAGACCCAAGGGGAGCCCCAGGUCUAUGGGCUGUAUGCGGUGCUCGUCCACUCUGGAUUCAGCUGUCAUGCUGGACACUACUUCUGCUAUAUUAAGGCAAGCAAUGGGCAAUGGUAUCAGAUGAACGACUCCUCUGUGUCUGUCAGUGACAUCAGGUCUGUUCUCAACCAGCAGGCCUACGUCCUUUUCUACAUCAAGUCCAGUGAGGUGAAGAAAACGGGGGACUACAGCCACAUGAGCCAUAAUCCAGGCAUUCCUGGUCAGUCGUCUCCACGACCAGUGGUGAUACCACGCAUCAAUACCAUCCACCACAACAACAUUGGCUUCAUAGGUCCCCAGCUGCCACCACACAUGACCAAGAGCACACUUCAUGUUAAUGGAAACGGAUCUCUGAGGGACUAUCCCGCCAGCUCUAAGCCCAGCACCAGCAGCAGUGUGGUGGGAAAACCUAGCCAUGGACUGGCCUCUUCCUCUUCUUCCAUUUCCCACUCAAUCAGCCGGCCCACAAUGAUCCCAGACCACGACAAACGCCAGAAGCUUUCAUUCUUCAUCGGGCAAGGCAAACAGAACCGCCCGUCCUCGUCCUCUUACAGCCAGCCGUCCUCUGCCAGCAGCAGCUCCUCCUCCAGCUCGCUAUCCUCCUCGCAGUCUACCUCAGACGUCCACUCAGACAUUCGCUUUGUUCCACGUCAGCUUAAUCAUGUUAACGGCACGUCUUGCAGUAAUGGGGAUCGGCACCCUGGAGGAAAUGGAGCCUCGUUCUUGGUGCCGUAUGGCCAAGAGUCCUCAGAGGAAUCAGACCAGGAGAACUGUGGCACUGUGGAUAAUGGCCGUUUCAGUAAGUCUCACCUUAAUGGAAACAACAGAACAGGAGAAGUUUUUGAUAAAUCUCCUCAGGCCACCAAUGGAGAGUCAGGGCUGCACCACAACGGUAAUAGAUUAAACGGACCAAUUUAUUGCACCUCUAAAUCCACUCAAAAUGGACACCAUAAUGGACACCACAAAAUGAAUGGACACAACACCCCUGAUAAGAUCUCUGGCAGUAAUGGCAGUUCAUCAUCCUCUGUGGCUACUGUUGCUACUAAUGGACUGAACUGCGAGCAUAGUCAAACAAGCAAAGAGGCACAUAAUUCUGCACCAUCCCAGGCCAGUUCCUCUCAGAGCAUCCAUCCUGCUGCCAGUGAAAGCCAGCACCUCUCUACUCUUGACACAAGGGCUAAAAGUGUGUCCGAACCCCUGCCUCAGCAUACAGCGUCCUCAGCUGUUAGCGCUCUACCUUCAGCUACCGCUACAAAGACUCAUUCUGUCACAUCUAGAGAAUGUGCUUCCACAUCUGCCCAUCAUGGCGACAUCAAUGCGGCCUUAUCCACCCCGCCAGACUGCUCCCAGAGCACCAAUGGGCCCUCUGCAGUGCCACAGAAGGUAAGCAGAGGUGGGGAUGAAGCAAUGGAUCUACCAGAGACCAGUGUUCUGUCAACAGGCACUGAAGGGCAUACGGAUGUUAAGGAACAGCAGCAGUCCAAGCCCAAUUCUAAAGGCAAUGAAGAGACGAAAGAGUUGAAAAGAGACAGACCGUACUCUGACUGGAGCAGAGACAGGGAGAGACACUACAGAGACAGGAGUCAGGAGCGAGACAGUGACGUCGAUCGUCAUCGCCACAGACGAGACUACAGAGAUCACCGCUACAGAGACCGUUCUCACAGGGAUCGCUUGCCUCACGAUCGUUCCUACAGAGACUGGGAGUCCGAGCGCCGCAGGGAGCGGACUCACCACCACCCCAGGGAGCGAGAUCGUGACAGGUGCUCGAACCAUUAUCACCACUAUGAAUACUACCGGUCCAGGGAGGACUGGGGCCGGGAGCGAAGGGGACGAGGUUAUCCCUAUCGCGAGGAGUCUCAUAACCGUCGAAGGUGGCAAGACGAGAGUCGAGACUCCCGGUCAAUGAAGGACAAGAGCAAUGGAAGGGACAGGGACAGGAGUAGUGGCAGGGAAAGAGACUAUUACCCGCCAAAGGAGGAAGCUUCCUCGCCUGCCACUGUGCAGGAAACCUCCACAAAGACCAAGGGAUCGCCCCCUCGGGCUCGCCUCUCCUCGUUUGAAUCGGCUUCAAACAGGGAGGAUCAAAAUCACAAGACUGCUGAACCUCGGAGCAAGGACAGGGAUGACAGCUCUGAGGCCCGUCGCUCUAAAAAACACAAAAAGAGCAAGAAAAAGAAGAAGUCGAAGGAUAAAGACAGACAUCGUGAGAGCGGAAGCUCCGAUGCGGAUUCAGACCGAGCCACUGAAACAAAAAAGAAGAAGAAAAAGAGGAGGCAGCGGGACAGUGAGGCCGAGCAGCACAGUUCGGGAGACGCUCGGAGCCACAAGAACAGAAGCAGCGAGGAGAAGGAGAGCCGCAAGCGACGAUACUACGACAGCAAGGACACUAAACACGACAAUGGUUUCUCUCCAGAAAAACGCCGGCGAGCAGAAUAUGCUGAUGGCAGAGGUGACCAUGUACUGCCCUCCAACCACACCUCACCCACAAACGGUUCAACUCACCGCCAUCUCAAUGGACACAUAGGAAAUGGUUACAGCCAAACCAAUGGCGACUCCUACGGAUUCUCCGGUGGCUUGAAACACUGACUACACAUCGACACCAUUUUAACAACAGCGGAGGAAUGACAUCAACAACUUUUUGAUGUGGUGCUUCUUCACUGGGAAUAUAUUGUAUUUUUACCACACCUGAAGUGUUUUAAAUGUUUGAAAAUUUUAUUUCUUUUGUUUGUUUUUUUAAAUGCAUUGAUUUAUUUGCUGUUAUUCUCCCGACUAUGGUUUAAAAAAAAAAAAAAAACCCUGUUGAACAUUUAUGAUGAAAAAUAGUAAUAUAUACUUGUAUGAACAGAAACAAAGCCUGGAGCUUAAACAUCUCAACUGCUGCUCAGUGGAACUCAGGACUUGAAAACUUGUUAACAUCCAUCAUGGAUAACCACCUGCUUCAAAUUGGAACGAGACAAAAGGGAAACGUGUUGCCUAAGAGAAAGAACUGCAAGGCAUCAUGUCGGCUGCAAGUUUUAAGAUGUCACCAUAUCUACAGAGGUGCAACGUUUUUGAGUUUUUUCUUUGAUCUCACUGGGAGCGGACAUCCUAACAGAGGGAGUUAUUCAUGAAUGAGACAGACUAGUGCAGUGGUGGGAACAAGGCUUGGCUGACUGAUACCUCCACGUUAACCCUGGACAGACUUGAGGACAUUUCCCAGCUUUUUUUUUUUUCCUUUCUGUAUGUUUGUUUCCAUUUUGCUCUGAAGCCUAAGAUUCACUCUCUGUAAUUUUUAAACUUUUUCACAGAAGCGGAGGUUUUUUUAACCCUGGAUCAUGCCUCUCCCUCCUCGCUUACACAUUCUCUAUUUCUUUUUAAAACGUUUAAAAAAAACAAAAAAAAAACAAAAAGCAUCAAAAAUUUGUCAUCAUGGCUGUGGACCAUUUGUGUUUGCUUUUUAAUGAUUAAAAAAAAUACAGUUUGUGUCUUCUAGCGUCA